AUAUCCCUGCUCAUGUGCGGUAGGCACGGGGCCUUGUGUAUACAACCUAGUGGGACGUCAUCAGCACCCGCUACGCGCACCGGUGACUCCCGUCAAGUUUGCACGGGGUUCAUUUGUAGUGUAGCGCUCGGUCGCACGCGGACGGAAGGCUGUGUGUUGUGUCGGAUAUUUUUCCCCGAGGAUUAUUAUUGAAUUUUUGACGGGAGUAUUGUAUUCUCUUGUAAGGAUCUUCUUCUUGUCUUCAGUGUUGAUAUGGAUGCUGUUAACAGGUGAAUACGGAGGAGGACGUCAUAAGGAACCCCGGUGGUAGCUUUGCUUUUGAGAAGAAAGUGCGGAAAAAAGUUUGGCAUAUCUAAUUAUAUUCAAACUUGACAUCAUUAUUGGUUCGUCAUUCACGGGAAGCUUGGGAUACACUGCAGCUCCCGUGCUAUCGGCGUAGGCGGUCCAAUGCCUCCAGUAGCCCGCUAACUUGCCUCUUGGAAUUCGGUAAUCCCAGCACCGUUUGCGGAACGUGCCGCUUGAAAGGAAGGUGCCUAUAAUUCUACAGUUUCAGGAGGAAAAAUUAAAAAAAACCUUGGAUUUUUUUCUACGCUCUCAACGAUUGAAGCAAUAUCCAUCCGUACUGCCAGCGGAAUAAGAGGUUAAGGUAUUGGAAUUUUGUUUAACCGUUUGAGUGUCGUCUUUCGGAUGAACCGUAUAACCAUGGAUCUAUCUAGGAUGAGAUACCUUUUUGUUGGUCUUUGCUUGUUGGGACUAGCGGUGGAUUUUUGCGAUGCUGGCAGGAGGAGGGGGAGAGUAUGCCCAGUGGAAUGCAGCUGUUACCGGGGGACUGUAGAUUGCCUCAAUCGGGGUUUGCAGUACGUACCGGUCAACAUACCCUCCAACACGGAGCGAUUAAAUCUGGAUGGAAAUAACAUCACAAAGAUCCGCAAGGGAGAUUUCGACAAUCUCCGGAGAUUACGAGUCUUACAGCUUACCAACAAUCAGAUCAUCAGCAUUGAGCGUGGGGCCUUCUCAGAUCUCCGAUCGGUGGAGCGAAUGCGACUGGAUGGAAAUCAGCUACAAAGCCUGCCCGAGCUGGUCUUUUCAAGUAUGGACUCCCUCUUCAGACUGUGA